GCACGUCAGGCAGUAAAGAUCCGCCCCUCGGCGGUGUUCAGCUGCGCUCUGUACAUCACUCUCAAACGCAAAUUCCACCGGGACAGACGCAACUUCGGUCCGUGCGCGGAGCGAAGGAGACGCACACGAAAUGACACCAAUGGCUGCACUUGUGUUCACAGCGACUUUUGCGCUUAUAAUAUGGAUACCGACUUUCGUAUUAACCGCACGGGUCUACCCUCCUAAUGAAGUGACGCUGCUGGACUCGAGAACUGUGCAAGGAGAACUGAAAUGGGUUGCGAGUCCGACAGAAGGAGGGUGGGAAGAAGUGAGCAUCAUGGAUGAGAAGAAUACGCCAAUCAGGACGUACCAGGUAUGCAACGUAAUGGAACCCAACCAGAACAACUGGCUCCGAACGGACUGGAUCCCCCGUGGUGGAGCUCAGCGCAUCUACAUCGAGAUAAAAUUCACUCUGCGUGACUGCAACAGCUUGCCAGGAGUCAUGGGAACCUGUAAGGAGACCUUUAACCUCUACUACUACGAGUCCAACAAUGACAAAGAGCGGUACAUUCGAGAGAACCAGUUUACCAAAAUUGACACCAUCGCGGCCGACGAGAGCUUCACGCAGGUGGACAUAGGAGACCGUAUCAUGAAGCUGAACACGGAAGUUCGUGAUGUGGGAAUUUUGACACGGAAGGGCUUCUACUUAGCGUUCCAGGAUGUCGGUGCCUGCAUCGCUCUGGUAUCUGUACGGAUCUUCUAUAAGAAAUGCCCCCUAACUGUACGCAACCUGGCCCAGUUUCCAGACACCACCACCGGGGCAGACACCUCAUCGCUAGUGGAGGUACGCGGAUCCUGUGUGGACAAUUCAGAGGAACGUGAGGUCCCUAAAAUGUACUGCGGAGCAGAUGGAGAAUGGCUGGUGCCUAUUGGAAACUGUUUGUGUAACCCUGGCUAUGAGGAACACGGAGGAACAUGCCAAGCCUGUAAGAUUGGUUACUACAGAGCGCUGGCUACAGACGACAGCUGCUCUAAGUGUCCCCUGCACAGUUACUCCAUUAGGGAGGGAUCCACUUCCUGUGCCUGUGACAAAGGCUUCUUCAGGUCUGAGACAGACCCUUCCUCUAUGCCAUGCACACAGCCCCCAUCUGCUCCUCAGCACCUUAUUUCCAAUGUGAAUGAGACCUCUGUAAAUCUGGAGUGGACUGCUCCAGCAUCCUCCGGUGGCAGGCAGGACCUCGCUUACAACGUCAUUUGCAAGCGGUGCAGUUCUGAUGGUCAGCGCUGUCAGCCCUGCGGCAACGGCAUCCAUUUUUCCCCUCAGCAGCUGGGCCUCCGCACCACCCGGGUAUCCAUAAACGACCUGCAGUCUCACACCAACUACACCUUUGAGAUCUGGGCAGUCAAUGGGGUCUCCAAGCAGAGUCCCGGACCAGAACAGGUGGUGUCUGUGAUGGUUACCACCAACCAAGCGGCUCCCUCUUCAGUUACCACCAUCCAGGCCAAGGACAUCACCAGACACGCUGUGUCUUUGGCAUGGCAACAGCCUGAGAGACCCAACGGAGUCAUUCUUGAGUACGAGGUCAAGUACUACGAGAAGGAUCAAAACGAGCGCAGCUAUCGCAUAAUGAAGACCUCAUCUCGAAAUGCUGAGAUCAAAGGCCUAAGCCCACUCACCUCCUACGUGUUUCAUGUGCGUGCCCGCACUGCUGCUGGCUACGGAGACUUCAGCGCCCCCUUUGAGUUCAUGACCAAUUCAGUUCCUUCUCCCAUCAUCGGAGAUGGUGCAAACUCCACCGUGCUGCUGGUGUCUGUGAUCGGCAGUGUGAUUCUGUUGCUCAUCUUCAUCGGAGUCUUCAUCAUCACCCGCAGGCAGGUGACCCCACCCUCAGCAGGGAGUCUUUGGUUAGGGCAGCGUCCUGGGCGGGGUUGUUAUCCGUUCCAUUGCUUCUCUUCUGCUCCCUGCACCCAUGCCAAAGGGAGAAGCAAAUACAGCAAAGCCAAACAGGAUUCUGAUGAGGAGAGGCAUUUACAUCCAGGGGUUCGGAUCUAUGUAGACCCCUUCACCUAUGAGGACCCCAACCAAGCAGUCCGUGAAUUCGCUAAAGAAAUCGACGCCUCCUGCAUCAAGAUUGAAAAGGUCAUUGGCAUUGGAGAAUUCGGGGAGGUGUGCAGUGGUCGUCUCAAGAUGCCUGGAAAGCGCGAGAUUUGCGUAGCCAUAAAAACCCUCAAAGCAGGAUACACUGACAAGCAAAGGCGAGACUUUCUGAGCGAGGCCAGCAUCAUGGGCCAGUUUGACCACCCUAACAUCAUCCGACUGGAGGGAGUCGUCACUAAAUGUAAGCCAGUUAUGAUCAUCACUGAGUACAUGGAGAACGGAUCCCUUGAUGCCUUUCUCAGGAAGAACGAUGGGCGGUUUACUGUAAUUCAGCUGGUGGGCAUCCUGCGUGGAAUCGCUUCAGGAAUGAAGUAUUUAUCUGAUAUGAGCUACGUCCACCGUGACUUGGCGGCACGCAACAUCCUGGUUAACAGUAACCUUGUGUGUAAAGUGUCUGAUUUUGGCAUGUCUCGAGUUUUGGAGGAAGAUCCAGAUGCUGCUUACACUACUAGGGAAAUAACAGGAACCUAUCAAUCACAGGGAGGCAAGAUACCUAUUCGCUGGACCGCCCCCGAAGCCAUUACAUACAGGAAGUUCACCUCUGCCUCUGACGUAUGGAGUUACGGUAUUGUCAUGUGGGAAGUGAUGUCAUAUGGAGAACGGCCAUACUGGGACAUGAGUAACCAGGAUGUUAUAAAGGCAAUUGAGGAAGGCUACAGACUGCCUCCGCCCAUGGACUGCCCAGUUUCUUUGCACCAGCUGAUGCUGGAUUGCUGGCAGAAAGAGCGUGCCGAAAGGCCAAAGUUCAGCCAAAUUGUCAACAUGCUGGACAAACUCAUCCGCAACCCCAACAGCUUGAAAAGGACGGGAGGAGAGAUAGCCAGACCCAACACCACCCUCCUGGAGCCCAGCAGCCCAGAAUUCACAUCUACCCUGGGAUCAGUUGCCGACUGGCUGCAGGCCAUCAACAUGGAACGUUACAGAGACAACUUCACCGCUGCUGGCUACACCACUCCAGAGGCUGUGGUCCACAUGACACAAGAAGACAUGACGAGGAUAGGGAUAUCCUCUGCCAUACAUCAGGAUAAGAUCCUCAACAGCGCACAAGGAAUGCUGUCCCAGAUGCAACAAAUGCAAGACAGGAUGGUUCCUGUCUGAACUCAUGGGAUCAGAACACACAAACUCAAAACAUACUUUGGACUUCCUUUUUUUUUAUUUUGGUUCUAAGAAAAUCCAUUUACCUCAUCCAUGCACUUUAAAUUAAAUUUUGGGGAAAAAAAAUACAUUUCAGAGGUACGAUACAGCACUUUUCUUUCAAUAACGCCAUCCUCGCUGUCCAGUCAAGAGGAUCGUCCCACGCUGUAAUGAAGCUCUGGAUAUGAUUGUAGGAAGCUUUUCAUUUCAGUGAAACUACGAAGGAGUUUCUCUGUUUGUUUAUUUGAUUUUUGUAUGUAUGUGCCUGUAAGUAAAUGUAUAAAUAGUACAGGAUUUUUUUGUCUGCUCCUGCCAUUUCACGGGGACUUGAGUGAGCGGCACCUGGCAAAAUUUUCACACUCGAAAUGGAGGUGUCAGAGAUCAAGAUUUUAUGUAAUCUUUAAUGCUUUUGUUCCGGGGAUUUGAGAGAGGCAUUCAUCUUCCCUAUGUCCACAAUAGAAGACCAACUCUGGAAGGUCUCAAGGUCUCCCCACCCUCAGAAUGGAAUAUCUGUCUCCACUGAACAAUUCUCCACACUGUUCCAUUUGGCCUGUUUUGGAAUAGAAAAAUCAGCCUUCAGUUUACAUCUUUCUAUCUCCACCUCCAUCCGUGCACUCUCUGUCCUUGCCUCUCUGUCUCCGGAGACCUUCAGCGGGCCAUGAAAUCAACACAUGUCUCCCUUACUGGACGUUCCAUCAGAGCUGAGCUAAGAGUCACCUUCACACAUCUGCUCCGCAGUGAUAUCUGCUGCGCAGACUCGCAUCCAUUGCAGUUUCAGUAACUACAUUUACUUGACACCGGGACAAAAGACUUCAAUUCCCAUGAUUCCCAGCAAAUGCUGAAUGCUUCCACGAAGGGAAACUGAAAAUAUGACAAACAACCAGAGGAGCAGUUGAAGGCCUUUCGGUUGUCUCCUAAGAGAUUUGAUGAAAGAUAUGACGAACAUUUUCAUUUGGUCUCACUCUUGACAGGAAUAACUUUUCAUUCUCAGUGCAGCAUGUUGCUGUUUUCUUUUAAGUAUGACGGUUUGUUUUGAGGCACAUACACAAAGGACAAAAGCACAUGAUGUGUGCUAAGACUGCAGAACUUUGUGGCUAUUCUCUGGAGACCAACAUAUUGGAGUUGCUAUAAAUGCUAAGCCACUGCUGUUCUACGCUUUUUACCAAUGCUGGAGGUUGUAACAAAAAAAAAACAUGCCACAUUUAUUCCGGUCGUUUGACUCAAUUUCAAUACUAAUUCCAGUGGACUGCAAGAAGAGGCACGUUAUUUGUACCUAAAAUAAACCUAUUACAGGAAUGUUUAUAAAGGGGGGAGGGGGAUUUAACAUUUCAAGUGUGCUCUGUUUCAUGUCAUCCGCAUCCAUCCGUCCAAUCUGAAAAACUUAAUGUGUUAAUGUGACGCAUUUUCAUAUGAAAUGCUCCUUGCUUUCUAACCAUUUCAUCUUUCAAUAUUCCCUCCUCAUCUGUUUCGGAACUGUUUGAAUAUGCAAUGAAUGUGAAAGGAGAGAAAUUCAAUAGAAUGUACCGUGCCAAGUCUCCUAAUGUAGUUUAUUCCGGAGGAACACUAACAAAUCACAUUUUUUCCCAGCAGAUCUAGACAUUUUAAGUUUUAUGUUGUGCAUAAUUGUGACAUUUUUUCCUUUUCCAUUUUUUAUUUUAUGAAUUUAGGUACAUGAAACAUGUCAUUUAUUUAUGGUCUUUUUUUAUCUAGUUUGUAAAUUGUAAAAUAGAGCUAUGAGAGAAAUAAAUGAUUGCCAAGUGCAUUGUAAUUAA